AUGGCGGAAAAGGGGAGUGGGAAUAUGAAAAAUAACAGCUCCAAUGAUGCAGUUCCUGGACAAAUAGAGCAAACAUUGUGCCAACCGUGUUCCCGUAAGGAUAAACAAACAAUAGCUGAUGUGUUUUGUUCAACAUGUGACGAGUUUCAGUGUACAGAAUGUUCAAACGUACAUACAACGCAUGCGUUCUUGAGAAAUCAUAAGCUAGUGAAUGCGAAAGAGGUGAAAAUGAAACAAGUUACGUUUGAUAUGAAGGGGUUAGACCGAUGUGAUGAGCAUCAAAAAGUUUUAGAAUUCUUCUGCGAGGAUGAGAAUCAGCUUUGCUGCAGUACUUGUGCUAUUGUGGAUCACCGGAAAUGUCACAGUGUCGUAGAAAUACAGAAGAUUUGCGGAAGGUCUGCGUCGACGUUAAAUACCGAAAUAAAAGUCCUGUUGCAGGAAGUAAGAGAGAAAGCUGAAAAGAUCGUUAAACAUGCCAAGUCAUCAAAAGAGCAACUAAAUCAAGAUGUUAAAGAAGUGUAUUUAAAAAUCAGACGAAUGCGGGAUAAUGUAAUGCAAAUGUUUGACGAUUUGGUUGUUUCCGUUUCUAAUAACGCUGAAUCAUUUAAGAAAGAAACACUAGAUAAGCUGACAAAGAAGCAGUCAGACAGUGAGAAACAUGCUGCUGAUGCAACAAAAUCUCUGGAAACAAUUAAUAACGUUCAUCAGAACGGGACGCCAUCACAACAAUUUAUACUCGAACAGAGAAUGAAGAAUGAAGUCGAUGAACUAAGCAGCAACGUUGACAAGGAAUGUCAAAGGUUAGAGACUGUUACUGUUUCAUUUGAUUUUGAUGAAACAUUGAAAUUGCCCCCACUCGCGAUAUCUUAUUUUGUACCGGGACAACUUACUUUAAAAUACUCCGUACCGAAAGAUGAGAAACCCAUCGCACCUGUAGAUCCGAUUGUGAAGUUUACAAAGAUCACUUCCAUUGAUCUGAAGCAGACUGGAGAUGAUGCGAAGGAACCGUUAUACACAGGACUGGAUUUCCUGCCGGAUGGUAGAUUAGUUGCUCUGGAUAAUAACAACAAGAAAUGUUUGAUUUACAAUGAGAAGCUUGAGAAAGUAGGAUCAUAUCAGUUUUCGUAUCUACCACAGAGUGUUGUUGUUGUAUCUGAGGAGGAAGUGGCUAUAACAAGUGGUAGUAAAUACAUGAUACACUUUCUACGAGUGAGUAAAUCGAAUGAAAUAACUUUGAAUAGGACAUGUAAAGUUAAGACAAAGUAUGAGUCUAUAUGUCUGAAAGAUGAGAUUAAAUUUGUGGUUGGAACUUACGAUUAUACAAAGCCAGUUCGUAUUGUAUCUCUUUCAGGAGAAGAGAAAGAUUUCAAUAUCAACUUUCCAAACAAGGAAUAUACUGUAGACACUAGUGCUUGUACAUAUAUAAGAAAAAGAGAUAAAGUGAUUCUUACCGAUAGACAGGAGAAUAUUGUCUACAUAUAUGACAUCAAGAGCAACAGCAGAAUUGUUGUCAAGGACGACCAGAUCAAGGAACCACGGGGUGUAGCAGUAGGACCAUCCGACUGUAUCCUUGUUUGCAGUAAAGGAACAAACUCCAUUGUACAGAUCUCUCAAACAGGUAGUGUCCUAUCAUCAUACAAGUUAGAUAUGAACUUUCCAUUUAAAGUCUGUGUUUCGAAGGACAAAUCACUUAUUGCUGUUUCAAGUAACCUGAAUGGUGGAAGGAAGUUGCAGUUGUUAAAAGUAACAUAA